UGAUAUGUGGGCUGUCAGUAAGCAGCACAGUUUAGAAGACUUGCUCACUCACUUAUCCAUUUCUUUUCGCAGACUUCGUGUUACAAAAGUCGUGCCAGCUCUCGGUGGUGCUGAGAGUGUUCGCGGAACUAAAACAGAAGCUAGCUCCCUGUGGAACUUCUUCGCAGGGAUAAGCGCAUGAUAUUUAAGCCAACCGGCUUCUGUAAGCCACCGUUUCGACGGAAGGAAAAUGAAGAUAUCUGGUGGCGUUUGAUAAGAAUUAACAUAAAGGCGGAUAUUUCUCCUGGAAAAGCUGAUUUACGAUUAAUCACGUGAGUGCGAUGUAGAAUCCAUAUUUUUUGAAAGCGAGCAGGUCACUUUGUCUUCACUCAAAUCUUCUUUCUCUUCCUUGUACCUGUACGUAUCGGUGUACCUAUGAUUUUAGUGGCUCGUUUUAAAUUUAAAUUUUUAAAUGCACGUAAUAAUUAUAUUACGUUGCCAAUAUAUCUGUACAUGCAGUCAUUCGUAAUCUCUUGUUUCGCAUUAGCUCUGGGAUGGCAUUGUUAUGGUUUGUGACUGACUACUGUUGUUUAGAAUUCCACAAGGACAUGAUAUUACUAUAUAAAAUUCGUUACAGAAAAAAGUGAGGAAUACAAUGGAAACAGCCACGUAAGCUUUCAUAUUCCCAUACAAACAGAUGCUACAGUUGUACAAGCGAAUUGCAAAAUAGGUACUACCAAGAUGUUGGUUUUAUUUCCUUAAAUUUGCGAUUGUGCUUGUAGUGUACAAAACGAUUAGAAUCCACAACAAAUUAUACAAGGAAUAACAGUCUCGUACAAAAUGUACCAGGACAGAUAUUGCACGUUUUCGGAAGACUUGUGAAGACUGUGAACAAAGUAACAACGUGAGUAUAAAUUGUUGAAAUUCUGGUGUGGUCACAAAUUAAUAAUUUUAGAGUUCCACUGUGGCGGUGAUUUUUUUUCAAACAUAGCCAAAACAUCGCUGAAACUUCUCAUUUGCAUUUCUUUUCAAACAUCUCGAGUACUCACCCGGCCGGCUUCCUGGAUCGAGCAGUACCAGCGCAGAUGACCUCAAAGUAUUUACCAACAGUGGUGAUGGUGCAUGACCUUUCUACCAUUGUUGUUUAAAUUUUCAUGAGACUGCGCUGGCGGUAGUAGGAAAAACGAACUAAAAAACAUUGCGAUUUGCAAAGAAUUAUUCUCUUGAGUUCCGACUAUAAAUAGCUCGUAGCGUCGUAGGGAAAGCGUACGGGUUCCGGAUCGCAACCGUCCUCUCCAAGUGCAAGUAACUCAGUAAGGCGUAGUCGUGUCUCAUGUAGAGUGCCGAGGCGCAUGGACUAAAGGCCUUCCGUUUUCUGACCGUUUUCUGAGAUGGAGAAAAAGUUUCGCGAGGAGACGGUGUUGACAAGCUUCCGAGGUCGCAGAGGUCCGACGACACUGUCACUUCGACUGCCCGUCCCGUCGUGGUGAUCGAAACGUGUAUUGCCCUUUUGAAAGGAUCGAAUGGCCAGCAGAAAAUCGCUUUAUCCUGUUAUCUGGGCACUUUAUAUUCGUCGUAUAUUUGCUUUCGUGUACUUGCAAAUACAUUUCUUACUGUCACGUAAUGAAAUGAUAAAAAAACUACAACACCGCACCUUACAGAUUUAUUACAGAUUCAGACUUAAGACAAUCUUAGUUUUUAUCGGUGCAACCGUACAGCAUAAGAAAGCGCCUCUGAUAAAAAAGAGCCACAUUUCCUGCAGCUUGUCACCUUGUGCGCACAGAUGGUUCUGGUGUGGAGACUGAAUUUUAAUUCGUUUUCAUUGUACUCUGAUUUAAGUUGUAAACUGUUCCUAGAGGACUCCUUGGGAGAUCUAGACUCCCAAAACGAAAACAUGAUGCGUGGAAUUCGAAGCUUCAGCAAAUGUCAUGUUGUGAAAGCAGCGGCAGCUUUCUGCACUGCUGUGGAUGUGCGCGGAACUGAAAAAACGGCUUUGGAGUGUUUGGGUAACGAUCGACGGUUGAUAUUCACGCCAACGAGCUCCUCGCGUCCACCAUUUCAGCGGAAAGAAGAUGAAGCUAUCUGGCGACGUCAAGCGGAUGUUUCUCUGGGAAAAACUGAUCUGAUUACGUAUCUGAAAAAAGCCCCAUGGAGUGGAAUUGUCACCCCGGACAUUCGGGAAUCGAUCGAUUGUCACAUGGGAGGAACGUGGAUCGCUGCUAACUACCUGGUUGGAUGGAGCGGAAUUUUGCGCCAUUUGCUUCCACAGUUCUGUGGCUACACUUUGCAAUGGGAAAUCCUGAAACGUCAAGGGAUGGGGUUAUUUUUCGACCACUUGACCGUUUCGAAAAAGGACCGCAUUGGGAAGCAGCGGGUUGUGUUGGUUCUCGUCGCUCAUGCACUGAUCGAAGAUUAUGGUGAGGAAGAUUUCAAAACCUACACCGAUUUCAAAAUGUCCUUCAUGCGUGGUGCGAUUGGUGAGCGCGUUGAACUCUUGGCGGCAGCGGGACGAACGGGUCAUCGCGUGCACUGGAUCGGUGCGUUUGGAUGGCAGUUUGUUGUUGGAGUGAAAAAUGAAACUGGUGAUGUUAUGCAGACGACUAAGAAUUGGUAUGACGUUUUUCAGGCGUCGUCUAAAGGUGUUCUCCUGAAACUUGUCAAAAGUAUUGACGAACUGAUCUUGUGAACAGACGAUCGUAAACUUUUCUUACUGUUUUUCGUACUACUUAGUUCGCACCAGUGUUGCUGUUACUUUUAUAAAUCUGUAACGUAUAUUCCAGUACAUAACAAUGUAAAAAGCGAUUAAAGCCUAUUUACUGAAUCCAUUAAGAGCAAAUAAUACUGCUGCAAAUAUGGGUUUAGCCUUGCUCCUUUUCUUGAACUGCUCUUGUGGUUAAAAAUGCCGUGACUUUCUGUUGUUGUGUUUGAUCGCUUGGGAUGAACCAGUGUCAUCCCAUUCGGAGCCACGAUACGAACUGGUAAAGACGCUGUUGUUGGACGGAGGUGUCGCGGUUUCCACCACCCGUUUGGAGUACUCAUUUAGAAUGUCCUCGGAAUCGUCCGCUUCCGGUGGUACAUGCGGCAGUUUCGGUCGCCCGGAGGGAGUUUUCGGGAUGGCCAACAGCUGCGCAACGAUGGGCGGAACAUUUGGAAUAUCGGGAUUUAAGCUUUGGUCAUUUCCCUCUUCCGCUUCGCGAGUGGCAAUCACGGCGUUCAGCUUAUUUGCUGACUCUUCCGGAACGAAACGAAGAGGAUACCAGCGAUCCUAAUAGCAAUGUCAAUAGACUCAAUACCUUUGCAAAGCUUCGCAUUCCGAAACCGCUGCUGGCACCGGGAUCCUGUUUCUCACGUCGCGACGACCACCAUGUGCAGUGUGCACGCACAUAUUACCGUGCUGGUGGCACGAGUACAACCAAUGACACACCGUCCACUUCCGGCACUUAUCAGGAUCCAAAACAUGGUGAUCUAUACAUACCGUACUUGUCGGCCGACAACGCGCGGUCACUCCUUCACAUCCAAGACAUAAGACCGGCUUUCCCGCGUGCUGUUCAUUACCAGGCUUCCUUUGCUGCGCCCAAACCAGUGAUAUCUCACAGUGGCUGUCUCCACCAGUCCGAGUAAGAAUAGCAGUGCCACAGUCUUCCGUCACCUGUACCAACGGCUACCUCAACGAGUCGGACAUCUACGUCCGGUAUCCGUCCGUUAAAGGAGCAGGCGUCGCCAUCGUCUCCUAAGCCCAAAUAUCUGACGAACGGUCGGCUGAAGAUGGCGCAGAAUGGACACGCCGAGAGCUUUAAAGGGAAACGGGAUUCGGUCAUGGCAGCAAUGCGGCCAGUGGCGCGACCUGUUGCGCAACGUGCGCAAAAAUGUUUUAGAGAGUAGCAAGAGCUUGCAAUAAAGUUAACAGUGAACGAAGUGUAAUGGUUCAGUUUUUACAUAGGAUGCAUAGCGUACCCGAUUUAUGUAGAUCGAACGGACACCCUGACGCAUCCCAAAACCGACGGCCACCGUCAGCAUGAUCUCAUGAAUUUCCCCUUUGUGGACGAUGAACGCGGAAUAUCCUCCAGUCAGAUGAACUUCCCACCGCCACCUGAUGAUUUCCUCAGCUCACCCAAGAAACUGCAUGCUCCGGAUGUGAUGGAUGAAGUUCGCGUGUUCUUUGACCACAACGGUAUCUCGGGAAAUUGACUUCGAUAGAAUACCGGUGAUUUGUAUUGUAUUGUAUUGUAUGUAUUUAAUGUGUAUUUCUGGAGGUAUGCUGGUGUCGGAAGAGACUGGUGUCAGUCUCAUUAUCCCACCUGGAGCACUGACUCAUGGUGUCCGACAGAAAAUCUAUUCACAAGUAUGCCGGGAAGAAAAAGUGAUAUCAACACUGAGUCACUGACUUAAUGAAAAGGGUGGGUGAAAUGGCAUCUGUUGCUGGUCUACAGCCCAGAUAGUCUUGCUUACUUUAGGUGAAUGACUCUUUUCUCCAUAUAUUCUGUAUAGCUGACCGAAAGGUAUAUCCUCAUGAA